GUCGUCUUACUCAUCUAGACGGAUUAGCAAAUAGUACUUCGAAAAGAAUUUAUUUGUUGGAUACAACAAAAUAUACUUGGGUUGAUAAAUUUGAACCUGGAAGUACACCUACAAGUACAAGUUUAUCGAAAUCUCCUUCAAAAACUACAACGGCUUCUUCCAAUACAUCAAAUACUAUAAAUGUUGUAAUUGGUACAAUAAGCGGAAUUUGCGGUACCGCAAUUUUAAUGACAAUUGGAUUUCUUGGCUAUAUACGGUAUCAAAAGCGAAAUCAUAAUAUUUGCCAAAAUUUUAGUUCUAAUUAA